CUCACAACCUUCGCGCUCGCUGGGAUUGGGGUUGACUCGAGAGCUGGCGUCAGAAGCCCCGAGCGUUGUUCGCGGCCCACAGUUAACACCUGCAGUCGUCGGGGGAUGGAGGGGAGGAGUCAUGUGCCCGAGACCACCCCGCCAAUGAGAAGCAAACCUGGGACGGAGCCCCGGGGCUUCCCGCCGCCCGGCCGCGUUCUGGCCCUCCGGCGCCGCCGCCUCCCGGCCCGGAGCGUUCUGAGCCCGCGCGCCGCACGUUGCGGUUCCCUGCGCACAGUGCUCCGCGCCGCCGGCGGUUCGGCUUAAUGCCUGUCGUCUUCGGAGUCUUCGGAGCCACUAGGACCCUCCGGUCUUUCUCGGCGCCGAGAGCCUGGCCGCGGGGACGGUACCCCUGGGUGGGCUGAGACCAGGAGAAGCUGGAGAAGCUUCUAGCAGCGGCGGGGCGGGGGCAGGGGGAGCCUGGGGCAGGGGGCGCGCCCCAGCAGGCCGCCGGCCUCCCGGCCGCCCGCAGCAGAGCUCCGGGCGCUGCGGGUGGCCGCCUGCCCCUAGCCCGGGAGCGGCGGGAAGUGCGCGCCCCAGCGGCCGUGCAGGACCCGCCCCGGCCCCGCCCUCCAGGACGUCCCGUCGGGAAACCCGCGAGCCACACCGCCGAGCGGCUGCGGCUCUCCCUCCGCGCGCCAGGGGAAAUAAAAGGAGCAAAGGUGAACCCCACUGCAAAGGACCACGAGGCAAUGCCAGGAUGAGGGAGUUGGAGUGACCUGGGUGAUUCUGAGUGAAUCAGUCAGGGAGGCCUUCCUGGAGGAGGCUUGAGACCCCAAGGUGUGGCCAUCGCAACAGAUCAAGCUAUUUCCAAGGUCGGGCCCGGCACUCAGAGCUGACCCAGCCGGGGUCCCCAUCGGUCCCCGAGGAUGCGUCUCCUCCGUAGACGCCACAUGCCCAUGCGCCUGGCCAUGGUGGGCAGUGCCUUCGUGCUCUUUCUCUUCAUCAUGCACAGGGAUGUCAGCAGCACGGAACAGGCCACAGAGAAACCAUGGCUGAAGUCUUUGGUGAGCCAGAAGGACCAUGUUCUGGACCUCAUGCUGGGGGCCGUGAACAACCUUCGAGAUUCGAUGCCUAAGCUCCAGAUCCGGGCCCCAGAGCCCCAGGAGACACCGGUCUCCAUAAACCGGUCCUGCCUACCUGGGCUCUAUACCCCAGCAGAGCUGAGGCCCUUCUGGGAACGGCCACCACAGGAUCCCAAUAGCCCUGGGGCAGAUGGAAAAGCAUUUCAGAAGGACAAGUGGACCAGUCUGGAGACCCAGGAGAAGGAAGAAGGCUAUAAGAAACACUGUUUCAAUGCGUUUGCCAGUGACCGGAUCUCCCUGCAGAGGGCCCUGGGGCCGGACACCCGACCCCCUGAGUGUGUCGACCAGAAGUUCCGCCGCUGCCCUCCACUGCCCACCACCAGCGUCAUCAUUGUGUUCCACAACGAGGCCUGGUCCACGCUGCUGCGAACCGUGUACAGUGUCCUGCACACCAGCCCCGCCAUCCUGCUGAAGGAGAUCAUACUGGUGGAUGAUGCCAGCACCGACGAGUACUUAAAGGAACAACUGGAGCAGUACGUCAAGAAGCUGCAGAUCGUGAGGGUGGUGCGGCAGGAGGAGCGGAAGGGCUUGAUCACUGCCCGACUGCUGGGCGCCAGCGUGGCGCAGGCAGAGGUGCUCACCUUCCUGGACGCCCACUGCGAGUGCUUCCAUGGCUGGCUGGAGCCCCUCCUGGCUCGCAUUGCUGAGGACGAGACGGUGGUGGUGAGCCCAGACAUCGUCACCAUCGACCUGAACACUUUCGAGUUCUCCAAGCCCGUCCCGAGGGGCAGGGUCCACAGCCGUGGCAACUUUGACUGGAGUCUGACCUUUGGCUGGGAGGCUCUGCCCGCACAUGAGAAGCAGAGGCGCAAAGAUGAGACCUACCCCAUCAAAUCCCCGACGUUUGCUGGCGGCCUCUUCUCCAUCUCCAAGUCCUACUUUGAGCACAUCGGUACCUAUGAUAAUCAGAUGGAGAUCUGGGGAGGGGAGAACGUGGAAAUGUCCUUCCGGGUGUGGCAGUGUGGGGGCCAAAUGGAGAUCAUCCCCUGCUCUGUGGUAGGCCACGUGUUCCGCACCAAGAGCCCUCACACCUUCCCCAAGGGCAUCAGUGUCAUUGCUCGCAACCAAGUGCGCCUGGCUGAGGUCUGGAUGGAUAGCUACAAGGAGAUCUUCUAUCGGAGAAAUCUCCAGGCAGCAAAGAUGGCCCAAGAGAAAUCCUUCGGUGACAUUUCGGAACGACUGCAGCUGAAGGAACGACUACAUUGUCGCAACUUUUCCUGGUUCCUGCACAACAUCUACCCAGAGAUGUUUGUUCCCGACCUGAAGCCCACCUUCUACGGAGCUAUCAGGAACCUUGGCGUCGAUCAGUGCCUGGAUGUGGGUGAGAACAACCAUGGGGGGAAACCCCUCAUCAUGUACACCUGCCACGGCCUUGGUGGCAACCAGUACUUUGAGUACACAACCCAGAGGGACCUACGCCAUAACAUCGCGAAGCAGCUGUGUCUACACGCCAGUGCCGGCACUCUGGGCCUGCGGAGCUGUCACUUCACUGGCCAAAACAGCCAAGUCCCCAAGGAUGAGGAGUGGGAAUUGACCCAGGACCAGUUAAUCAGGAACUCAGGAUCUGGUACCUGCUUGACAUCUGAGAACAAAAAGCCAGCCAUGGCCUCCUGCAAUCCCAGUGACCCCCACCAGCACUGGCUCUUCGUCUAAGCUCCUCAUCACCCCCACAGGAGUUCCCACAAGCCUCUCAGGAAACAGGACUUUGGGGAACCUGAUGUUUGAGAACCUGAUUAUCAGCUUCUCAGUAGGCCUUAAAGAUGGGUUUCUUUUUUUUUUUUUUUUUUAAGUAAAAUAAGGUAUUUUAUUAUUGUUUUAAUGUGCAUUUCUUGGUGAUUAAACACUUUUUCCACAA